UUGGCCCAGUGGUAAGAACGCGUGAAUCUUAACCGAUGAACGUGGGUUCAAACCCGGGCGAGCACCUCUGAAUUUACAUGUGCUUAAUUUCUGUUUAUAAUUCAUCUCGUGCUUUUCGGUGAAGGAAAACAUCGUGAGGAAACCUGCAUGUGUCUAAUUUCAUCGAAAUUCUGCCACAUGUGUAUUCUACCAACCCGCACUGGAGCAGCGUGGUGGAAUAAGCUCCAAACCUUCUCCUCAAAAAAGGGAGAGGAGGCCUUAGCCCAGCAGUGGGACAUUUACAGGCCGUUACUGUACUGUUACUGUAAAUAAAUAUUUACCUACAAAACAAUAUGCUGUAUCGUACAACUUCAAAUUUAAAAACGAAUUUCAAAUUAUAAUGGUUUUUUUUCUUCAAGCAAUCACGUCACAUAAUUGUACGAGUAGUUGAGUAACAGUACAUAUUGUAGAUAAGCUUCUAUGUUUAAAACUUAUUUUUACUGAGACGAGAUUAUAAAUUUAUUUUUGUCUCAGUUGAUUGUAUUACUUCAGUGGAUAAGCACGUAUUAUUUAUUCAUUAUACAUAUAUUGUUUUGACUAACUAUCGAUAUAUCUGUUUAAAGGUGUCACGAAGAAAAAUAUUAUGAUAUAUUUUUUAAUAUGGAGUGCAGUGCUGCUCGCUGCUCUGACUCUGUACUUUUGGCAAACAUACUCCAGAUUUAGUGACUAUGGCGUGAAACAUAUGAAGGUGAUUCCUUUCUUUGGCAAUAUGGCGAGAGUAGCAUUUCGAAUGGACCAUUUAACCGACCAGUUUGAUAAGAUUUACAAAGCUUUCCCUAACGAAAGAUUCGUUGGAAGAUUUGAGUUCACAAAGCCUACGUUAGUUAUACAAGACCUUGAGCUGGUUAAGAAGAUAACAAUUAAAGAUUUUGAAUACUUCCUCGACCAUCGCGGACUCACAGAUGAAAAAGUUGAGCCUUUGUUUGGACGGAAUAUAUUUUCAUUAAAAGGUCAGGAAUGGAAAGACAUGCGUUCAACUUUGAGCCCAGCGUUCACGAGCUCGAAGAUUAAACUAAUGGUACCCUUCAUGGUGGAAGUGGGUGAACUAAUGAUACAAUCAUUAAAGAAGAAAAUCAAGGAAUCGGAAGGCUACAUCGAUGUAGAUUGCAAGGACUUGACAUCACGGUAUGCUACUGAUGUGAUCGCGUCUUGUGCAUUUGGUCUAACAGUUAACUCACAAACGGAAAAGAACAAUAAGUUCUAUGAGAUGGGCAAAGUCGCUUCUACUUUCAAAUUCCGACAAAUGUUUCUCUUCUUCGCACUGUCUGCGUGUCCAUCUCUCGUUAAGAUAUUUAAAAUAACGCUAUUUUCAAACAAAACUAGGGAUUUCUUUAUCAACCUAGUGCUAAGUACAAUGAAGGACAGAGAAGCUCGUAGCAUUAUCAGACCGGACAUGAUCCAUCUUCUUAUGGAGGCUAAGAAAGGUCACUUGUCACACGAUGAAAAAGGUAACGAUGACAUUCACCAAGACACUGGAUUUGCUACGGUCGAAGAAUCGUCUAUCGGCAAGAAAACUAUUGACAGAGUGUGGUCUGACAUCGAUCUCGUGGCCCAAGCUGUCUUGUUCUUCAUCGGUGGCUUCGAAUCAGUGUCAACUUCAAUGUCCCAUGCGCUGCGCGAAUUGGCCCUCCAUCCUGAGAUCCAGGAACGACUCGCAAAUGAGAUCAAGGAACAUCAUGCCAAAAAUGGCGGAAAGUUGAACUUUAACUCGAUACAGAAUAUGACGUACAUGGACAUGGUAACUUCAGAAGUACUACGCCUCUGGCCAGCGGCUAUAGCCUUGGAAAGGGUUUGUAAGAAAGAUUACAACAUGGGAAAACCUAAUGACGCAGCUGAAAAAGAUUUCAUCAUGCGAGAAGGAGAGCUUCUUUGGAUGCCAGUAUGGUGUUUCCAUUAUGACCCUAAAUAUUUUUCCAAUCCUAAUAAAUUCGACCCUGAACGCUUCUCUAACGAAAACAAGCAUAAGAUUAAUCCUUUGGCUUACAUGCCUUUCGGUCUUGGACCCAGGAACUGUAUUGGAUCAAGAUUUGCUCUUUGUGAAAUAAAGGCUCUGUUGUAUCAAACUUUACUACAUUUUGAAGUUUACCCAUCAGAAAAGACCGUUCUCUCUCGAAAGCUUGUUAAGGAUUCCUUUAACAUCAGACUUGCAGGUGGCUAUUGGUUUAGGUUUAAAAUCCUUAUUGGGUUGAGUGUAUUGUUUCGGAGAAUAAGGACAUAUUAUUUAAACAGGAUAUAUUGUAUAAGUUUUGCAAAGAAAAACAUCAUGAUAUAUAUUUUAAUAUGGAGCACAGUGUUGUUCGCUGUUCUGACUCUGUACUUCCGGCAAACAUACUCCAGGUUUAGUGACUAUGGCGUGAGACAUAUGAAGGUGAUUCCCUUCUUUGGCAAUAUGGGGAGAGUAGCAUUUCGGAUGGACCAUUUAACCGACCAGUUUGAUAAGAUUUACAAAGCUUUCCCGAACGAAAGAUUCGUUGGAAGAUUUGAGUUCACAAAGCCUACAUUAGUUAUACAAGACCUUGAGCUGGUUAAGAAGAUAACAAUAAAAGACUUUGAAUACUUCCUCGACCAUCGCGGUUUCACAGAUGAAAAAGUUGAGCCUCUGUUUGGACGCAACUUAUUAUCAUUAAAAGGUCAGGAAUGGAAAGACAUGCGUUCAACUUUGAGCCCAGCGUUCACAAGCUCGAAGAUAAAACUAAUGUUACCCUUCAUCGAGGAAGUGGGUGAACAAAUGAUAAGAACGUUAAAGAUGAAAAUCAAAGAAUCAGACGGCUUUAUCGAUGUGGAUUGCAAGGACUUGACAUCACGUUCCGCUACUGAUGUGAUCGCGUCCUGUGCAUUUGGUCUUAAGGUGGACUCACAAACUGAAAAGAAUAAUCAGUUCUAUGAGAAGGGCAAAUCGGCUUCUACUUUCAAAUUACGACAAAUGUUGCUAUUCUUUAUGCUAUCGGCUUGUCCAUUUCUUGUUAAGGUCAACUAUCACACGAUGAAAAAAACGGUAGUAACAACGAACAAGAUACCGGCUUUGCUACUGGAAAAGAAUCUCAUUUGGUCCGACACCGAUCUCAUCGCUCAAGCUGUGUUAUUUUUCAUUGCUGGCUUUGAAACAAUAUCAAUCGCAAUGUCCUUUACUCUUCAUGAGCUGGCAGUUCAUCCUGAGAUCCAGGAGCGCCUGGCAAAAGAGAUCAAGGACUAUGAUGCUAAAAAUGGUGGUAAGCUGAACUUCAGUUCCAUCCAGAACAUGGCGUACUUAGACAUGGUAACAUCUGGUUCAAGAUUUGCUCUUUGCGAGCUAAAGGUAUUGCUGUACCAAAUUCUGCUUCAUACAGAAGUAUUAGUAUCUGAAAAAACUCGUAUUCCUGUUAAACUGGCACCCGAAUCAUUUAAUCCUCGAAUUGAUGGCGGUCAUUGGUUAAAAUUCAAGAUGAUUUUCCUCAUAUGGAGUGCCGUGCCGAUCGCGGCACUGGCCCUGUACUUUCAUCAGAUCUACUCCAGGUUCAGUAAUUAUGGAGUCAAGCAUUUCCCUGUGGUCCCAUUUUUUGGCAACAUGUUAAACAUGGCUCGUAAAAAGAUAUUUUUCGCCCAGGAAAUGCAUAGUUUAUAUAAACUCUGUCCAGAAGAAAGGUUUGUUGGAAGAUAUGAGUUUAUGAAACUGGUUCUAGUACUACAAGAUCUUGAAUUAAUUAAAACCAUUACCAUAAAAGAUUUCGAACACUUCACCGAUCAUAGAAAAUUUAUUGAUGAAGCAGUUGAGCCUUUGUUUGGAAGAAAUUUAUUUUCUUUAAGAGGCGAUGAAUGGAAGGACAUGCGUUCAACAUUAAGUCCAGCGUUCACGACCUCAAAAAUAAAACUGAUGCUACCUUUCAUGGAGGAAGUGGGUGAGCAAAUGAUUCGAUCGUUAAAGAAGAAAAUUCAAGAAUCUGAUUCAGCGUAUGUCGAUAUAGAUGUCAAGGACUUGACAUCGCGCUAUGCAAACGACGUAAUUGCUUCCUGCGCGUUUGGUCUAAAAGUUGAUUCGCAUACAGAUAAAGAAAACCAGUUCUAUAAAAUGGGAAAAGAUAUUUCAUUGUUCAAUUUUGAAAAGACAAUUAUUUUAUUUAUUAUUUCCGCUUUUCCAUAUUUUGCAAAGAAAUUAAAGCUGAAGCUAUUCAAAAAUGUUACGAAAAACUUCUUCAUUGAUUUGGUAAUGAGCACAAUGAAAGAUAGAAAGAGCCGUAAUAUAUUAAGACCCGACAUGAUUCAUCUGCUAAUGGAAGCUAAGACAGGUCAACUUACCCACGAUGAUAAAAAUAAAGAUACCCAUCAAGAUACUGGUUUCUCUACCGUCGAGGAAUCGUCUGUGGGCAUGAAGAAAGUCGACCGAAUAUGGUCUGACACCGAUCUUAUUGCCCAGGCAAUAUUAUUCUUCAUUGCUGGUUUUGAUACUAUAUCAACGGCAAUGUCGUUUGCACUGUACGAGCUGGCUCUUCACCCAGACAUCCAGGAACGCCUGGUCCAAGAGAUCAAGGAGCAUAAUCAAAAAUAUAAAGGCAUACUGAAUAUUAAUUCCAUUCAGAAUAUGACUUAUAUGGACAUGGUGACGUCAGAAGCACUUAGAUUGUGGCCACCAGUCGUGGCAUUAGAUAGAGCUUGCGUUAAAGACUAUAACUUGGGAAAACCUAGCAACACAGCCACAAAGGAUUACAUUAUACGUCGAGGAGAACUCAUUUCGAUACCAGUUUGGUCUUUUCACCGUGACGCAAACAUAUUUCGGAAUCCAGAAAAAUUCGACCCUGAACGUUUUUCACCAGAAAACAGACACAACAUCAACACCAUGGCUUAUAUGCCUUUCGGGAAUGGCUCUAGAAACUGUAUAGGUUCAAGGUUUGCUCUAUGCGAAUUGAAGGCUCUUCUAUAACAGAUUCUUCUCCAUAUAGAAGUUUCACCAUCAGAGAAAACUUGUGUUCCUGCUAAGCUUUCGUGCGAAACAUUCAACCUUGCACUUGAAGGUGGUCAUUGGUUAAGAUUUAAGUUGCGUAAUUAAUAUUUAUAGAAAAAAUAUGUUUUUUACUUUUAAAUAUUCAUAUAUUUUAAGUUGUUCGCACACUAUGCCCGAUAAGGGAUCCUGGCUAAAAAACAUAUAAACAUAUACAGAGGUUGCCUGGAAGAGAUCACUAUAAAUGAAAAGGCCGCCUUUGCAUACUAUAUGUUCAACUUGCUAUUAUGUGUUACUAAAUGUUUGUAAAGUGUGUGCAAUAAAGGAUUAAUAAAUAAAUAAAUUUGGUUAAUGUGCAAAAAUAGGCGCGAAGCACUAU